CAGAGCUGCGCAUACAGUAAAUAGCAAAUAGAUAAAAAGGGGAGAAUUGAAAAAUAGAAAAGUCAGAAGAGGAGGAGGAGGAAGAGGAGGGUGGCGGUGUCCUGCACACAAUAGAAGAAAAUAACUUUAAAACAGGAAAGCAAGGGGAGAGAAAGAUAAAUACAGAUUCCAGGGCUGUGUAGUAGGAAAGGCCUGAGAUCCCCAUGGCGGCCCCGACGGGAGUGGAGCACUUUGCCGAGGACCUGAUCUGCUCCAUCUGCCUGGAGCUCUUCCAGGACCCCGUGAUGCUGGAAUGCGGGCACAACUAUUGCCAGAAUUGCAUCGCCCGUUACUGGGCAGAGGUGCCCGUCGGUGGCGGUGGCGGCAGCAGCAGCGACAGCAGCAGCAGCGACGGGGAGGACGCUCCUCUGCCCACGUGCCCGGAGUGCCGCCGGGAGAUCCCGGGGGGCAAAUUCACGGCUAACCGCGUCCUGGGCCAGCUGGCGCGGAAGACCCUGGAGACCCUGUCCGCCCGGGCGAGCGACGAAGACGCCGAGCCCGACGGGCUGCUGGAUGACGAAGUGCAGGGAGAGCUGCUCUUCUGCGCCGACGACGGCUGCCUGGUGAGGGCGCUGCAGCCGGAUCACUGGGGGCACCAGUGCAUCCCGUUGGACGGGGCUGUGGAGCGCUACAAGGAGGUCCUGACAGCUGCUCAGGCGGUGCUGGGAUCCAGAGCCCAAGCGGCGAAAUCGCUGCAAGAGCAGAGCGCCCAGAAAUUUCCGGAAAUCUCUGCCCAGCGCCUCCGCCUGGAGCAGCACCUCUCGGCCCAGUUCACCGAGCUCCACCAGUGGCUCCAGGAGAAGGAGGCGGCGAUGAGGAGGGAGAUCCGGCGCGAGGAAGAGCUCCUCCUCAGCGAGCUGGAAAGGAACCAGCGCAACGGGCAGGAGCAAGUCCGCGUGGCUGAGGAACAAGUGGCAAAGAUCCAGGCACGGCUGGAGGAGCAGCUGGACCCCGAAACCUUCCUUAAGGACAUCAAAGCCUUCACAGAAAAAUAUUGCCCUAGUGAUGAGAAAGGAUCCACACUGCCUGUGGUCGCCCGUGAGUUCAGCCUGGGCCAAUUUAAGGGCCCUAUUCAGUACAUGGUGUGGAAGGAGAUGCUGCCAGCUCUGAGACCUUCUCCCUGUCAAAUCACCUUGGAUCCUGCCACCAACCACCCCAACCUCGUGCUCUCCAAGGACCUUGAUAGUGUUCGUCUUGAAGACAACCCUGAGGAUGAGGUCCCUGACGGGCCUGAGAGGUUCAGUAAGUGCGUGUGUGUGCUGGGCGCUCAGGGAUUUACCUCAGGACGCCAUUACUGGGAAGUAGAGGUGAGGAAUAAAACCAGCUGGGACAUUGGUUUGGCCAAGGAGUCCGUCAACAGGAAGGAAGCCAAAGUGAAAGUCAAGCCCAGCAAUGGAUUCUGGGCCAUCUGGCUGAGGAACGGUAGUGAAUACAAGGCCCUUGAGUCUCCCCCCAAGCUGCUGUCCCUCAAGGCCAAGCCCCAGAAAGUCGGGGUCUACCUGGACUACGAAGCAGGGCAGGUCUCCUUCUAUGAUGCUGACACCAUGCUCCACAUCUACACCUUUUCGGACAUCUUCUCCGAGCGCCUCUACCCCAUGUUCAGCCCUGGAGUCAACAAAGACGGGCUCAACGGCGAAGCCCUCCACCUCCUGUCCCUGCGGACAUAGCAAAGGCUGUACCUGGAAGUCCCAGCAAGCCCCGCCAGGACCCUGUUUCAUUUGCAAACGGUCUUAAUUUAUGUUGAGUUGCUGGAAAAAGGAGGACUUGGACCAGGUGGUGCCUGGCUAGGAAACCAUUGGCGCCCCGUGCAAAGUUGAUCUGAGCUUCCCAAUGAAAGAAUGGGCACAAUUCAAAGUGUUGGUGCUGACCUUUAAAGCCCUAAACAGCC